AUGGCAACCGUUACAAACGAAAACCGAGAUUUUGGAGAUUUUGUAGCAGCGGAAGGACAAUAUCCUCUCAAAGAAGCUAUAUUGUUAGAAGGGGUUCCGCCCAACUUAACAAAUGGAACGUCGAUUUCCUUAGUCUCUGUAAAAUACAAAGAAUAUAACUCACAUCAAAACUCUUCGAGCGGCGAGAGUGUUUCAAUAUCUGCAACAGAACAUGUCGGUGAAAAUGUUCCUAACGUUCGACCGUUUUCUUCCUCGGAAACCCUAGUUGAAGACUCCACAGACGAUACAACUGACAAUGAGAAACUCCAAGCGCCGCAACUACAACAAACACAGGAGCCGCCACUUUCACCUACUAUACAAAAAGAACCGUUAUCACCCGAUGGUUCUCUUUCAAUUCUUGGCUCACCGACACAGACAUCCCCGAGUCUGAAAACGCCGCUAAAUAGUGGUAAUGGAGUGGUACCAACUGCUAUAGAGGGGAAGGAUGAAGGUCCUUUUACUUUUUUCAAUUCUGGGAAAGCUAAAAAGAAAAAACAAAAUAUCACAAAAACUAGCUCUUCGUUUGUGGCGAAAAUCGUUAUACACGAUAAUUUGGCGAAAAUUUUGGCGAAUCGACAGAAUGAAGAAACAUAUUUGUUUUACAAUAUUGGACGUACUUUUUGUUGGACAGAUUUGAUUAAUUAUCCAAAGGAACCUUUAACGAGUGUUACUUUCACAAAGGCUUUCCCAGUGUGUCAUGAUGUAAACCUUCUUACAAGAUCUUGUGAGCAUUUAGAUGUAAUAAUUGGGUUCUCUACGGGGGACGGCAUAAUAAAUAAUUCACCCGUUACCAUGGUAAAAUGGAUGCCAGGCUCCGAGAAUUUAUUCAUGGCAUCAUACCAGGACGGAUCGAUUGUUCUCUAUGAUAAAGAGAAAGACGAUCAAAGUUUUACAUUAAACGUGGGUCCGGAUGACGAUGGUUUUCGAGUUACACGCCCAUCGAAAACCACAAAGCAUAAUCCUACAUCGCAUUGGCAGGUAUCAAAAAAAACUGUCACAGCUUUUGCGUUUUCUCCCGAUUUACAGCAUGUGGCAGUUGUUUCAAUUGACGGAUGUCUAAGAAUAGUAGAUUUUAUUCAAGAAAAGCUUUACGAUACUUAUACAAGCUAUUUUGGUGGGCUAUUAUGCGUAUGUUGGAGUCCCGACGGAAAAUAUGUUCUCACUGGGGGCCAAGAUGACUUGGUUACAAUAUGGUCUUUUCGUGACCAACGGAUAGUUGCUCGGUGUCAGGGCCAUCAAUCCUGGGUGACCGGAGUAGCGUUUGAUCCGUGGCGAUGUGACGAACAAAAUUAUCGUUUCGGCUCGGUUGCAGAAGAUACUAAAUUAUUAUUAUGGGAUUUCAGCGUUAAUGCUUUACAUAAACCAAAAAGCUCGAAUUCUCAUAGACGAGCGAGUUUAGCAUCACAAUCUGCAGUCACAACUGCAAGUUUGCGACGGAAUCUCGUUGAACCAAAAAAUACAAUACAUCCAUGUUUGCCUAGAUCACAAGUUGCCAUUCUACAACCUGUAAUGAGUAAAUCUAUAGAUCCGGAUCCUUUAUGUUCAAUUACAUUCCGCGAAGAUUCAAUAAUAACUACUUGUCGGAAAGGUCAUAUAAAGAUAUGGGGGAGACCUACUUGA